UCACCGAUGGGCCAUACAAGGAUUGUGUAAAUUUCCUGCCAUUUCUCGUAGAUGGUGACCAUUUCCAUUCUGCCGGGUCAAGAGCCAGAUGGUGCACCGGAACAUGUGGAAGAUGGGCUAUCAAUUGUUCUUUUUCGUGAAGCACCCUAAUUCUAAAUAGCUCUUCUUUUUGACAUGUUAUUGUCUCCUCUGGGCACAUUUUUUGGAUUUCAUUGUUCCAUCUCACUUGAUGGAGAUUGACCUUCACUGUUUCGUUCGUAUCGUUUUGCAUAAUCUUUCCCACCUCCCCGGGACGUUCCUUGAUAGCCACCCAGUCCUCUUUUUGUAAUGUGGGGCCUUUCCCGAGAAUCCUCCACCAUUUAAUCAUAUUGACGAUAAUAAUAAUAAAACUCAAGGUACACAAGCUACAUUUCCCGAUCUGACUCAUUUGAACUCGGCGCGCACCUCAUCAGAGGAUCGGCAGUCUAAGAUAACCAGGUAAUGCUCAUUCAGUCUCUUACCCUCUCUCUCUCUCUUCUUUGCGUGUGCAUCAGUUCGUUUUACUGGUGUCUAUCAGUCUUGUCUGUUUGUCUUGUCCGACUGUCUGUGGGUGCCCGUCUGUCUGUCUGUUUUGUCUGUGUCAGAUUGUUUGUUUGCCUAUGUCAGACUGUUUGUUUGUAUGUAUCAUGCGUCUGAGGGGCGGGAUGACUAGCGGGAGGAGGGGAGGGAGGAGGACAGCGAGGACAACGAACAGGAAGACAAACGAAUAUGGCCAUGCAUCUCCCCAUGAUUCAGAGCAAGAUUCAUUCCGUGCUGCAUGGGAGGAGCCGGAGGACGAGGGGCAGGAUGACGAGCGGGAGCAGGACGCCGAACAGGAGGAGAACAAGUGGCACGAGAAGUGCAAGGAGGAAGAGGAAGAUGACGAGUGGGAGGAGGCAGAUGACGAAAGAGAGAAAGAGUGGCAGGUGGAGCAGCGCUAUGAGAAGGGGCGGGAUGACGAGGGGGGGAGGGGGAGGAGGAGAAGGGGGAGGAUGACGAACCAUGAGGAAGAAUGCAAGGAGGAAGGGAAAGGCGAUGAGCGGGAGAAGGCAGAGGACGAACGGGAAGAGUUGCAGGAGGAGCCCGACGAGGAGGGGGAAGACAACAGGCAGGAGGAGGAGUGGGGGCAAUAAAAGUACGAGGAGGAAUGGCAAGAGAAGGGGCAGAGUAGGAGGAACGGGAGGAGGGGCAGACGCUGGGCAAUUUUUUUUUCUUUUUUUCUGAGGGGGAUGGGGGACAGGAAGAGGUGUGUUGCGGGCAAAGCAUGGUUGUUUUCCUUUCCACGCCCUCGGCUACACACGAUCCUCCUCUUCCUCUUUCCCUCUUUGUCUCUCCUCCAUCGCCUUUUCUCAUCCUCUCUGUGCGAUGGGUACUUGUAUAAUCCUGGAGUGCAAAAUCCCAAAAAUAAACUCACCCAACUUCAAUGACAUAUAGUAGCUUCUUUGUGUUCAAGCAUCUGGCUAAAACAUCCUCUUUAUUUUCUUCUGGAUUUGUAAUCACGUACAAAGAGAAUAGCUCCAUGAGCAAAAACCCCUACCAUUGUAAAACCAGCAAUAUACUGAUGAUGAGUACACAAAGCAGCUUGGGUACUGAAUAACGGCCUCUAUCUAUACCCUCCCCACUACUCCCCACAGAACAUAUGUUACAGUUCUCUCGGAACAAAGAAAACAGAAUGAAGACAUGGUUAACUGAAGGAAACAGAAGUUGUUCUCAAAAGCCUAUUCAGGAGCACAACCAAACGCUGUUGAGCCACCACCCCAUGUGGGGACUUGAACCAUCAGCAAAAGAAAGGUACCUCCAGCCCCCUCUACUGAACCAAAACAAACACUCACAUCUCCCUCUGCAGGCUACAAAUCAAGUCAAGCCAGCUCC